AUGAAAGUCGUGAUACAAAGAGUUAAAUCGGCGUCGGUCAGUGUCGAUUCAGAGCUAGUCUCCUCUAUUGGCAAGGGUCUGCUAGUAUUUGCUGGCAUUGGUCAGGAUGAUACCGAGAAGGAAGCAGAGAACCUGGUGAAUAAGGUGUUGAAAGCCAAAUUCUGGCCAGACGAGAAUGGGUCACAGUGGAAGCGCAAUGUUCAAGAAAUUGAGGGAGAAGUACUCUGUGUUUCCCAAUUCACCCUCUAUGCCAAGAUGAAUAAAGGCAACAAGCCUAGUUUUCACGAUGCAGCCACACCCGACACAGCGCGAAAGGUCUAUGAUCACUUUUACGACAAGAUGCGUGAAACCUACAUCCCAGACCGGGUAAAAAACGGCGUCUUCCAGGCCAUGAUGGAGGUCGAACUGAAGAAUGACGGGCCGGUGGGUGUAGACUACCGCAGUGAAGAUGCGGCGGUCACCAUCGAAAUCAACACCAACCUGCCCAAGAAGGAGCCCAAGGAGCCAAAAAACAAUAAAAAGCCCGAAGAAGAGGAGGAGAUCAAGCAGACGUUUGAAUUUCAAAUUCCAGCUGAACUCCUGGAAUAA